AUGGCUACUGUCGCAGCUCCUAAGCAGGCCAGGAAGCUGGUGGACUCUCUCAGCACACCAGAGCAAAUUCAGAACGCGCUAGCUAAGGUUUUCCAAGAGUCUCAAAGCUCAGUGGCAGGUCACAGAAAACAGGUGGUUUUAUUGAAAACAAUCCAACAAAGAGCCCAUGAUUUAGAGCAUGAAGAUAGUUUCAACUACUUCUUCUGUAAAUUGAUCAACAAGGUGCUAUUGGUGAAGAAAUCAGAAUCUGUUGGUGAUAGAAUAGUUAAACUGGUUGCUAGUUUCAUCCUAAGUUUGCAAGAACAAUAUGAAGAAUCAGAUAGUGAAGACAACAUAUUCACCAGAUUUAUUCAUUAUUUCAUUACUCAUUUAUUAAGGGGUAUUGAUUCAAAAGAUAAAAACGUGAGAUACAGAGUUGUCCAAUUUUUGGAUUUUGCCAUGAGUGGAUUAGGGGAAAUUGAUGAUAACUUGUAUGAAUCAUUAAUGUGGUCUCUAGAUAAAAGAAUCCAUGAUAAAGAACCAAGCGUUAGAAUCAAAGCAUUACAUUGUAUUGCAAGAUUCCAAGACACUGAAGAUGAUGGUACUUCUGAUGAAGUUGAUGAAGCUACAAGUAAGCUUUUGAUUGCCAUCCAAAAUGAUUCAAGUGCAGAAGUCAGAAGGGCUGCUCUAUUAAAUUUAGUCAAAUCGGGCGUCACUAAACAUUACCUUUUAGAAAGAGCUAGAGAUACAAAUUCAAUCAAUAGAAGAUUGGUCUAUUCAAGAAUUGUGAAAGAGCUAGGUGAUUUUAGAACUAUCGAUUCAAGAACAAGAGAGAAGAUUUUGUUGUGGGGUUUAAAAGAUCGUGAAGAAUCUGUUCAAAAAGCAUGUGUGAAAAUGUUGUCCCAAGAUUGGUUAAAUACGAUUGACGGUGAUUUGAUUGAGCUCUUGGAAAGACUUCAUGUUACCAAUAGUGAAGUUGCUGAAAUUGCGAUGAAACAUUUUUUUAACAAUAGAAAAGAUUUAAUUGGUAAGAUUACUUUUCCUCAGGAAAUUUGGUUAAGAUUAACACCAGAAAUUGCAUUUCUAGCUAGAACUUUCUAUUAUCAUUGCUUCAACAACACUUUAAAUGAUACCAUAGAUGCAAACUAUCCUGAAUCUGCUGAAAUGGCUAAUUUACUGUCAAAAUAUUUAGAAGCCAGAAAGAAUUUGGAAAUUUUGGAUGAUGCAGAAGAUCUAGAUUUUGUUAUUGAGCAGCUAUUAACCAUUGGAGUAAACUAUGAUUUUAGUGAUGAAAUUGGUAGAAGAGCAAUGCUACAGGUGAUUAGAUCGUCAUUAACACAUGAUAGAUUAACAGAUAAAUUGAUUAAAGUUUCGUUGCAAGUUUUGAGAAAAUUAUCAAUCAAUGAAAGAGAUUUUUGUUCCAUGGUUAAUGAAAUCAUUACAGAUAUAAGAGAUAACGAUAUUGAUCAACAAGAAGCGGAUGGUACUGCAGAGGUUCAAGAAAAUGAAAAAACCACAAUUCAUUGUUUAUCAAUAUGUAAAUCCAUGUUAGAGCUAACCAAUGAACCACUCAAAGAUAACAUUUCAAUCACAUCAUUAAUUGAUACAUUAAUCAAUCCAGCUGUCAGAAACAAUGUAAGUACAAUCAGAGAACUAGGUACUAUGGCUUUAGGUCUAUGCUGUUUGUUGGAUUUGGAAUUGGCAACUGAUCAGUUGUAUCUUUUCGGUCUGUGUUUAUCAAAAGGUCAUGAAGAACUUAGGGUUAUUGCCAUCAAAGUUAUGUUUGAUAUUUUAUCAGUCCAUGGCUCUAAAGUUUUAGAUGUUGAAGAUGGUGUUGAUUCAUUAUCAUUCCAUAAGUUACUUUAUAGAACUUUGAAAAGUUCAGAUAUUCCAGAAGUCCAAGCAUUAACAGCUGAAGGGUUAUGUAAAUUAUAUUUGGCUGAUAUUUUAAGUGAUGAUGAACUUUUUGAGACACUAAUCCUAACAUAUUAUAAUCCAGCAAAUGCUUCAAAUCAAAGUUUGUUACAAGCAUUCACCUUUUGUUUACCAGUCUAUUGUUUUUCUCAUGCCCAACAUCAAGAAAGAAUGAGUAGAGUUGCAGCUGAUGCUUUUAAAAGACUGUACACUGCUCAUGUUGAUGAAAGAGAUGAAAACGAACAAGAAAUGGUUUCACCAUCAAUCAUUUUACAGCAAAUUGUGCACUGGACUGAUCCAAAUAAUGUUGUCAAUCAAGAUGAUGAAAAAUUGGCAAUAUCUUUAUCACACGUUUCACUUGCUAUUGAUUUGUUAAAUACAUUUGAUGAAGUUGAAUGUAAGAAAUAUAGAAAAUUGAUUUUAACAAGUUUACCAAAAAUGUUUAUUGGAACUAAUAUUGAAUUUGAAAAAUUGAAAGAAUUAGUUGAAACUUGUGAAGAAUGGGAGGAAGUUGUUUCAGCUCAAGAUCUGCCAUCAAGAAAUGCAUUCAAUAAGUUUGUUAAAAACAUUGAAACUUUGUUUGAAGCUGCUAAAGCUAAACAAGAAAGUCAAGUUAAUGAAGAAGAUCAAGAAUAUUCAGUUAUUCUUGAAAAACAAGGUGAAGAAGAAGAAGAACCAAAAAAAGAUGAAGUUGAUGAAGAGUUUGAAGAGGAACAGAGCAGAAUAAUUGAACUAAGUGAAAAGGAGAAGAGUCAAAGAAACGACGAUGAGCAAAGUGAUAGUGAUAUUGAUGAGAAUGAAAAUAUACUGAGAAGUGAUACUGGUGAAUUGAGUAAUGUUGAUCAAGAUGGUGAUUUGUCUAUGGAAUAA